AUGUCGACGAAUGGUAGUACUGUGAGCGACUACAAGUAUGUUCCGCUUAUCAAGCACGAGCCGUUGAGCGAUGAGCAACAAAAGGAGAACGAGUUUGGUGAGUUGACGUCUGAUGCGUAUAGGUUUAAAGUACAUUCGCGGGAGGGUAAGCCUAUCCGGAAGCCUGUGAUAGACACGCCUCCUUACUAUAUCUCUCUGGUCACGUACCUGAACUAUUUGAUUCUGAUUAUCCUGGGGCACAUCCAUGACUUCUUAGGUAUGAGGUUGCAAAGAAACAAGCACUUGGAUAUCCUUGAGCAUGACGGUAUGGCGCCAUGGUUCUCCAAUUUUGACAGUUUUUUCGCCAGGAGAAUGAAGAUGAGAAUCGACGACUGUUUCUCCAGGCCGACCACUGGUGUUCCGGGCAGAUUUAUCCGCUGCAUUACGCGUAUCUCCCACAACUUGAAUGAGUACUUCACUUACCCAGGCACCACUUCCAUGUGCCUGAACUUGUCCUCGUACAACUACCUGGGUUUUGCUCAAAGUAAAGGUCAAUGCACAGACGCUGCGUUGGAGAGCGUGGAUAAGUACGGUAUUCAUACCGGUGGCUCCCGUACUCAGAUCGGUACCACGGAUCUGCACAGACUAACAGAAGAAUUGGUCGCCGACUUCGUUGGUAAGGAAGACGCCAUGGUGUUCUCGAUGGGUUACGGUACAAACGCUAACUUUUUCAACGCGUUCCUGGAUCGUAAGUGUCUAGUCAUUUCCGAUGAAUUGAACCACACAUCCAUUAGAACAGGUGUCAGACUUUCUGGUGCUGCUGUAAGAACAUUCAAACACGGUGACAUGGAAGGCCUGGAAAAGUUGAUCAGAGAUCAAAUCGUGCUCGGUCAGCCAAAGACUAACCGCCCUUGGAAGAAGAUUUUGAUCUGUGUCGAAGGUUUGUUCUCCAUGGAAGGUACUAUGUGUAAUUUACCUGAACUGAUUGCCUUGAAAAAGAAGUACAAGUGUUAUUUAUUCGUUGAUGAAGCACAUUCUAUUGGUGCUAUUGGUCCUACUGGACGUGGUGUCUGCGAGUAUUUCGGUGUCAACCCACAUGAUGUGGAUAUUUUGAUGGGUACAUUCACCAAGUCAUUCGGUGCUGCGGGUGGUUACAUCGCUACUGACAAAUGGGUUAUGGAUAGAUUGAGAUUGGAUCUAACUACCACUAGUUACGCUGAGCCAACCCCAGCCCCAGUCCUAGCUCAAAUUGUUUCUUCAUUGAGAACCAUCAAAGGUGAUAUAUGUCCAGGUGAAGGUAGAGAGAGAUUGGAACGUAUAGCUUUCAAUUCUCGUUACCUGCGUUUGGCUCUAUUGAGAUUGGGUUUCAUUGUCUACGGUAUCCCAGACUCACCUGUUAUCCCAAUGUUACUGUACUGUCCAUCUAAGAUGCCUGCCUUUUCCAGAAUGAUGCUGCAACGUAAGAUUGCUGUUGUGGUUGUCGCUUACCCAGCAACUCCAUUGAUUGAAUCCAGAGUUAGGUUCUGUAUGUCUGCAUCGAUUACAAAGGAAGAUAUUGACUAUCUUCUACGCCAUGUCGAUGAAGUCGGUGAAAAGCUGAACCUAAAGCUAAAUUCUGGUAAGUCCAGUAUCGAUGGUAAAGCCCCAAGAUGGGAUAUAGAGGAAGUUAUUAGAAGAACACCAGAGGAUUGUAAAGACGACAAAUACUUUGUUCUUUGA